GUACAUAGAAAAAAAUGAAAAAAAAAAUUUAGGAAAGAAAGCAGAUUUGCUUCUCUCUCGAUUCUUUGCAUGCAUUUGCUCAUGUACAAAAUUCAUUUCUGGGUAUUGCUGGAAAUAGCUGUAUUACUUGAAAUGUUUAACCUUUACCCUUUUUUCUCUGGUCAGAUUUUGUGUUCUCCUUAGAGCUCAAAACCCUAAUCUCGAUUCUUCUACUCAAAAGUUUCGCACUGCUAUAAGCUAAGGUUGAGGAAAUGAUUAUAGCAAAGCAAUACCGUUGCGUUCACUCGGCGACUUGUCAUUGCACAAAAGGACAUAUUAGUGAAGAAGUAUUGUUUCUUAUGGUUCAACAUCUAAACUGGAAUCCUAAUGUAAUCGCCACUCUAUCUUGUGUCUGUAAAUGGUUUGAUGAUCUCGCUAAGCGGUUACUGUGGAAAGAGUUCUGCAGAGGUAGAGCGCCCAAGAUGAUGUCUGACCUUCAAUCUAGUGGUAGCCAUAGUGUUGAUGGGAGUUGGAGAGCGCUUGGGAAACUUUUGAUUUACUGCUCAGGUUCGAGUAAAGGUGGACUCUUUAACGAUGUUCAAAUCCCUGGUCAUUUUGUUCAUAGAACCCGUUUCUCUAGAACAUCGGGAAGGAGCUUUCUUCCUCCACAAUGUCGAACAGAUGAUAUUCUCUAUGUUUCUGAUCCUUGUGAACAUCUUGAUCAAGGGGAAGAUGGUGAUUUGGGAUUCUUCCGUGGGAUUUUUAAAUCGUUUUCAAUUUCAAAGGUGAGGAAGUUGCUUAUUAAGAAAGGGACACCAUUUCAUCCUACAGAAGUUUGUCCAUAUUGCAAAGCGAAACUGUGGAGUAUGCUUCAGGCGAAAAUGAUACCACAGAGUGCUAGCUGUAGAUUGGGAGCUUAUGAAGAUAGCAUUGAGUAUUAUGUUUGCCUCAAUGGGCAUAUGCUUGGAGUUUGUACACUCUUACCCUUGUCUGAUUCUGAAGGGGCUACCGAGUUUCAGUGAUUGGAGAAUUUCGACCUUGCGUUUUCCUUUGCAGGAAAUGCUUAAAUCUUCUAUGUUACUUGUGAAUUGUUGUUGCUAGACUUUGCCACUUUGGGAAUCAUCACUUUGCACAGAGCUGGUGUGAAACUGUGAAGUGUGUCAUAAGGUGAAGGUUUACAAGGUUCGACGAAGAGAGUUAACGGUUUCAGAUUCUCAAUCUACCAUUGGUGUGCAUAUACAAACCAUUUGUUGAUUUUGUACAUGUAUAUGUAUAUGUAUAUGUAUGAACAACACUUGCAAAUUGUAAUAGACGCAUUUAAUUCUGUUACAUUUAUGAUUGUUUGACACAAAAACUGCCAA